GGGUGUGAAGAGGCAAAGCGUUGUGUGAGUAUACAUACCGACUCAAAAAUGUUCAAACAGUUUUAAGUACCCAAGAAGGAAAAUAUUAACAAGUCAAAGAAUUCUGAGAAAGUUGGAGAGCAAGAAUGGAAGUGUUUAGCUUUGAGAGACAGAUUAAGCAUUACAGCAGCUAUCAGAAGAUACUCUUAGUGGGAGAAGGAGACUUCUCUUUUGCCGUUUGCUUAGCCAGAGCUUUUGGCUUGGCUGUCAACAUGUUUGCGACUUCUCUCGACUCCAGAGAGUCUUUGAUGCUGAAUUAUUCAAAAGCUAUGAGCAAUGUGAUGGAAUUAGAGGCCAGGGGAUGCAAAGUAUUGCUUGAGGUGGAUGUCCACAGCAUGAGCCAACACCCUUUCUUAGUUAGUGAACGCUUUGAUCGCAUAAUAUAUAAUUUUCCUCACGUCGGUUACUUGCACAGUCCCUUUUCUGCUGAAUGCAAUAGGUUCCAAAAUCGGUUUCAUCAGGAUCUGAUAAGGGGAUUCCUCCAGAAUGCAAGCGAAAUGCUUACCGCGAUAGGAGAAAUUCAUGUGACACACAAGACAACAUUUCCUUUCAGUGAACAGAAAAUAGUGGAGUUUGCACAAGGAGUUGGGUUAUAUCUGGUUCAUGAAGAACAUUUCUCACUUUUGGAUUAUCCAGCUUAUGAAAAUAAGAGAGGAGCUUGGAUUUGUGAUCAACCUUUUCCUGUGGGAAUGUGUAUAACCUUCAAAUUUACCAAGCAGCACGGUUAUACCACUUCCGGUUUCAACCUUGGAAUUACUGCUUCGGGUCCAUGGUCUGGAUAUUCUGGAAUUAUUAGUCCUCACAUGCAAUGGUCACAUCAGAAUUUGGUGUGGGCAUACUUCAAGAGUGCUCGAGAAAUGCUGACCGAAACAGGAGAAGUUCAUGUGACACACAAGACAACAUUUCCUUUCAGUGAAUGGAAAAUAGUUGAGUUAGCACAUGAGGUUGGGUUAUAUCUGGUUGCUGAAGAACCGUUCUCAUUAUGGGAUUAUCCAGGUUAUGAAAAUAAGAGAGGAGAUGGGCUGUGUGAUCAAACUUUUCCGGUUGGAAUGUGUAGCACCUUCAAAUUUGCCAAGCUGUUCUACCAUUCUAGCCCUUCUUGUUUCCACCUUGGCAUUACUGCUUCGGGUCCAUGGUCUGGUUAUUCUGGAAUUAAUGGUCCUCGCAUGGAAAGGCCAUUUUGCAUAUAAAGUGAUCUCUACUGCUGGUGAGGAAUAGUAUCAACAGAUAUCUUUUUUGUUUGAUAGGAUGAUAUCAGUCAAGUACUCUGUUGCUAUAUACCUCUUCUAAUGUUGACAUGCCC